GCUUCUAACCAUGGACAGCGCGCAUCGAUAUUUUUGGUGACACUGAUCUCGGACGAAGCGAGCGGGGAAAAAAAAUAAUUUCACGGGAGAAAAAAUCUAUUCUGUUGUUUGUUUGGAAGAUGGAAAUAUCAGGAAACAAUCAGAGAGGACCUGCCGGUUCCGUCGGCUCAGAAAACUCAGUGUGAAAAGGCGUCAGACAGGUCAGCUCAGCCAGACACCACAACAUGGCAGAAAACUCCUUUUCAACCAGGCAGCGGUUGUCCACCAACACACACGAUGACGAGCUCGCGGUCAUUGAAAAUGGGGACAGCAGAGCUCACUCUCUUCGUGAAGACAACUCUGAAACAGCGCUAUCUUCACAGUCCCACAGGGACUCAUUUACAGGUGCUGGGGCAAUGGCCAGGCUUUCUUACUUCUUCUUCAUGCUGCGAAACUGGGCGUCUCACAGAAUGAAGCCCGAGACACAGAGGCACGACUCUUUCCUGGAGCGCUUCAGAGGCCCCGAGCUCAAAGACAUCCACAGUCGAGAGAGCAAUGCCCAGUCUGUGGGUCACAACGACACGCUCUGCAAGAGAAACAAAAAAGAGGACAAAAAAGACGAGAUUAAAAAAGAGGAGAAAAAGGAAGAGGAGAAAAAAGACGAGAAAAAAGACGAGGAAAAGAAGGACGAGAAGAAGGACGAGAAGAAAGAUGAGAAGAAAGAUGAUAAGAAAGAUGAGAAAAAGAAAGAGGAGCCCCCGAAAGAAAUCUGGAUUAUGGAUCCAGCUGCAGACCAAUACUACAAAUGGCUGACCGUCAUCGCAGGCCCAGUAUUUUAUAACCUGAUCAUGAUCGUAACAAGAGCCUGUUUUAAUGAACUCCAGAACUCGUAUACACACCUCUGGAUAUUCCUGGACUACGCCUCGGACAUCAUCUACUACGGUGACACGUUCGUCAGAGCAAGAACAGGUUACUUGGAGCAAGGCCUGCUGGUGAAAGACUCCAAGAAACUGAGAGAUAAUUACAGAACAACAUCUCAGUUCAAGUACGAUGUCAUUUCAAUGAUACCCACCGAUCUGCUGUUUCUGAAAUUCGGAUUCAACAACCCGGAGUUCAGAUUCAACCGUCUUUGCAAAAUGCCGAGGCUUUUUGAGUUCUUUGAGCGGACUGAAACCAGAACCAGCUUCCCGAACAUGUUCCGAAUCAGCAAUCUCGUACUUUAUAUCCUCAUUAUUAUCCACUGGAAUGCUUGUGUAUUCUUUGCCAUUUCGAAAACCAUUGGUUUUGGAACCGACACUUGGGUGUAUCCCAAUAUCAGCCACCCAGAGCACGGCCGCUUGGCCAGAAAGUACAUCUACUCCCUGUACUGGUCCACACUGACCCUCACCACCAUCGGAGAGACCCCUCCGCCAGUCAAGGAUAUUGAAUACCUCUUCGUCAUUGCCGACUUCCUCACCGGUGUCCUGAUCUUUGCUAGUAUCGUCGGUAACGUUGGUGCCAUGAUCUCCAACAUGAACGCCUCUCGUGCAGAGUUCCAGGCAAAGAUUGACUCUAUAAAGCAGUACAUGCAGUUUCGAAAGGUCACCAAAGACCUGGAGGCCAGGGUCAUCAAGUGGUUCGACUACCUCUGGACGGAGAAAAAGACCUGUGAUGAGAAGGAAGUGUUGAAGAACCUCCCCGACAAGCUCAAGGCUGAGAUUGCCAUCAACGUCCAUUUGGAUACGCUGAAAAAAGUGCGUAUUUUCCAGGAUUGUGAAGCCGGUCUCCUGAUUGAAUUGGUGCUUAAGCUGCAGCCACAGGUGUUCAGCCCUGGAGAUUACAUCUGUAAGAAGGGGGAUAUUGGCAGGGAGAUGUACAUCAUCAAGGAAGGGAAGCUAGCGGUGGUGGCAGAUGAUGGCGUCACUCAGUUUGUGGUGCUCAGUGACGGCGCGUACUUUGGGGAAAUUAGUAUCUUGGGAAUCAAAGGCAGUAAGGCAGGCAACAGGAGAACGGCCAACAUUAGAAGUGUAGGUUAUUCCGAUCUCUUUGCCCUAUCCAAAGACGACUUGAUGGAAGCGCUCACUGAGUAUCCGGACGCCAAGAAAGCGCUGGAGGAGAAGGGGAAAGCCAUUCUGAUGAAAGACAACCUGAUUGACGAGGCGAUCGCCAACGCUGGCGCCGACCCCAAAGACCUUGAGGAAAAGAUCACCAAACUGCAGGACAACCUGGAAGUAACACAGACCAAGUUUGCCCAGCUGAUGGCACAGUUCACCUCCAGCCAGACGAGGUUGAAGCAGAGGAUCACCGACAUGGAGUCCAAAGUGAAAUCCGUACGACCAGAGGACUUGACUGAAGUGAUGGCUGACAAAGACAAAAAAGUCCAGUAACGUGAGAGACGCCCGAGGACUUGACUGUAAAUGAAGGGAUUUUUCAUUUAGAACAGUACAGUGACACUUUUUAAAGGCCCAUGUUUAUAUCUAUUUAUACAUCCUGUUUAUUAUCUUCCUUGUGUCAAAUUGUGUACAGUGUAUGCAGCAAAUAUAUAUAUAUUUGUGUGCAUGCUAUCCUCGACAGCUAAUUUCAUGUUGUCAUGAAACUUGAGUAUGUUGAUCACUCGUGUCUGCGUAUAAUAAGGAAUUUCUUCUUUUAUGAAUCAAACUCUUAUUGCAAUACUGCAACGGAAAUAUCCAUUUGAUUGACUGUAUAUGAAUGUACAAAAUAAACCCAAAUGCCAGUUAUGUUUAUAAGUUAUUGUCAACAUACACUAUCGGUUGUAAGUCUGCAAUGUUAAAUGUGAAUAAACAUUAAA